AUGACAGUGCCGCAAGGCAAAGUUAUCUAUCUUCAUUCACAGAGUGAUUAUUUGAAAGAUUAUCUCUUUCAUUAUCCUUCGAUCGGUAUUCCGGAGCUAUCUUUAGUUUGUUCCGAAUCUAAGAGAAUUGUCUCGAAAUGGGGCAUGGGUUUGCUCUUCUAUGCUUAUGACCAGCCACUCCACUGUGAAUGGUUUGACCCCAGGCGAGAUUCAAUUUACAUCCCGAGUAUUCAUGUCUUCAAACUAUGGCAUGGGUGGAAAAGGUGUAUGGGUGGCGCUACCGUGAUCCUCAACGUUCUUGAAACGGUUGAAGACCAGUAUUGCGGCCACGGGCCAAGUAAAACCUUUACGCGGUCCAUACAGUCAGGAUACUUCAAAGAUGUCCGUGCCAUCGACCUCGCGAUGUUAACUAUCAAGUGUGAAGCUGUCCACUGGGAUGAAGAGCAUGAUGCCUACGGAGAGGAAGGCCGUGUUGGCGUCGUGGGACUAGAUGAUAAAAGGCUCCCUACGAUGCUACGUCCUAUUUUCAAUGACAUCCGCGGCAGUUACAAAGAUAGGAUGGAUUUACUACGAAACAUGGCUCAUAGACGCCCCUCGUGUUUGCUAAAACAACUCCAUGACCAAUGGGAUGGUGACUUGAAGUUCUUAUUCGAGGAACAGUGGCUCAUCUCACAGUUAAGAGCACCUGACGCAAAAUAUUUUGGGCAGCUAUUUACCGGCGUCACAUUCGGCUAUAAGGGCAGGCGGCGAGCAUUGAACCGAGAGCACCAUGUCAUACGCAGACUAAUCGCUGAGAUGCCCGAGAUCAGACCGGUUAUUGUUUUCGACAGAACUCCUACACCGGUUCCAGAUGACACAACUGGGCCGCGUCGGUGGAGUAAUAGGGACGGUCGUGAUGGAUUGGAGGUCGUUUCUAAUCGUCGAGGUAUGGUUCUGGCAUACGAUUUAUAUGAAGGCCGUAGGUCUCAGUAUAGCUAA